UGACCCGGCGGGGUGGCAGCGGAUCUGUGUCACGCCAGCCCCGCACAUCCCCGUGAGUGGCUCUCGGGCUUCCUGCUGUGCUGGCAGCUCCGGGCUGAGCCUUUGUCCCCGAGCUUCUUUUCUGGGACCUGGAGUGCCUGUCCCCAGGGCAGGGGGCGGCGGGGAAGCGAUUAUUCACUUCCAGGAACAUCUGAACCAGGGAAAGCUCCUGGAAGCCUUGCUGGGGACUGAUGUCAGCGUCUCCUUGGUGCCAUGAUUUUGGCAGCCAAAGGGGCUGUGUGGGGGGGGAGCCUUGUGCAUCGCAGCUUUCUGAGGCAGAAUAACAUCGCCCCCAGCUCCAAGCCCUGCUCCUGCCCCCAGCCCUCCUCCUGUCCCCUCUCCUCCAAGCCCAGGGCUGGGACGCGGCUGGGCUGGGACACCAGAAGUGACCUCAGCGCUGAAACUUGUGGCUGUGCAGGGAGGGCUCUGCCUGCCCCGCGUGUUCUCUCAGCUCUUUAUUUACGAUGCUCUGGGAAAACAGUUACCGGCAGCCACAAAGAAGCCGCUCGAGCGCCCGCCUUUCCUGCUGCUGGCCGGGAAGCGCGGCGGAGUGAGCAAGAUGGAUGCUUUUUAAAGGAAAUCCUGAAGCCUUCAGAGCAGGAAAAUUUUGACCAGUUGACACGGAUGGAAAUGUCUUCAAACAGCAACUCGGGUGCGGAGCACGCCCAGCCCUCGGCCAACGUGGGCCUGCCCGGCCACCUCAUCCAGUGCCACCGCCCGCGUCCUGCCUACGCCACCCACACGGCCCCGGUGGUGAAGAUGCUGGUUGAGCAGGAUGACUGGAGGAGGGCUGCAGCCGCCUGCCCUGCAUGGAGGGAGCCGAGCCCGGAGCCUCCAGGAGCUGCUGCUGUGGAGGAAGCCCCAGCACCAUCGGUGCUGAGCAGAGGUGGCAGCUGUGCCGGGAUGGGCAAGGGCUCCCUAAGAAAGUCCACGGCUGAGAGCAGCUUGUUGUCUCCAAGUGCUCGCAGUAGGGUUAUUUUUGCAAGAAAACCUCCCUCGUGUGUGGUACUGUGUGGCUCCCUGGCUUCUUCCAGCAAGAAGAAAUGACUCGUCUGCAGCUGGAAAUGAAAAAAGCAAAAAGGGAACUCUCAGAUGUUUUCCUGAGUGCAUUAAAUUAGAAAUGCAAAUAGA